AUGUCUCGCACCGCCGCCGCGCUGGGGGCCACCGCGGACGUCCCCGCGCUGCACCGACUAAACGACCGUGUCAUCGCGUCGGCCUUCACCGGCGUCAACGAGGUGGUCUGCACCUACUGCCUGUUCCAGGUAGUGAGCGCCGCCUACCAGGUUGGAAAUCCUGUCGUUCGCAAAGAGAUUGAAGACGCGCUCGGACACGGCGACCCCAGGGCGCUGAGCGAGGCGCUGCUGGACGCGGCCGACCGGCUGCCGACGCUAAACGGCACGCUGACGGGCUACUACCAGACGGGCGCCUUCGACCAGUGUCCAAUGCGCACCAAGCGCGACCAGUGCGCCUCCAUCGCGGCGCUGCUCGACAAGCGAGGCGAGUCUGUCGACUUCAAAGACCCCCAGACGACGGACAGGAUCAACGCGGCCGUAGAGCGCGCCACCGCCGGGAAGAUCCGGGACCUGUUCGCCUUCCUGCCGUCGAGCACAAAGCUGGUGUUUGCGUCCACGCUGGUGUUCCAGGACAAGUGGCUGUCGCGGUUGACCACCGUGAAGGACCGCUUCCUGCUGACCAGGGAUAGGACCACCGUCAAGGUGCCCACCCUGAUCAACGAGGACCACAUGCCAUUCCUAGACUCGGACGACGGCGUCCAGGGAGUCUCGAUGCCCUACGAGCAUCCCGCUAUCCGCCUCUUCUGCUUCAAGGCACGGGAAGAGAGCGCCGACAUUCGGUUCCUCCUCUACCAGAGGCAUUACCUCGAAAUGUCCAACGCCACCAAGCGUCUCGUCCAGGUCCGUAUGCCCAAGUUCGACCUCGUCUCCAAGAAGUACAGCUACAUCGACUUGAUGCAGCAGAUGGGGAUGGAGACCAUGUUCCGUAACGGUCUCGGUCCCCAGGACUCGCUCAAGGUGGACCAGCUGGUGCACAAGGCCGUCAUCCAGGCCGACGAGCACGGCACCUCGGCCGCGGGAGCCGCCGGCAUUGCCAUCGUGCCGACCAGUCUGGGGCCGCGGCCCACUCUUCUGCGGUUCGACCGGCCCUUCAUUUGCUCACUGGUGCACCAGGAGCUGAACCAGCCGCUCUUCACUGCCUACAUAUUCGACCCGCGCAGUAACUGA